UCCGCUCCUGGCGGGCUAGGGCCCGCCACCUCCUUUCAGCGUCCCGCUGACUAUGGAAUGGCUGAAGCUGCCUCCCGGCGGCGCGGCGGCUGUGGAUGACUACCUGGAGUACCGGAGAAUUGUUGGUGAGGAUGAUGGAGGGAAGCUAUUUACUCCAGAAGAAUAUGAAGAAUACAAAAGAAAAGUUUUACCAAUUCGAUUGCAGAACAGACUAUUUGUGAGCUGGCAAUCACCAAUAGGAAUGGAUUGUAGAUUGAUUGGCCCAGAGACACGAUGCUUUUGUACACAUAGAUAUAAACAACAUAAAACUGACUUUGAAAUGAUUCCGCAGCAGCGCCCCAUUCUUCUGCCCUGCCGAGUGACUGGCUGCCCGUGCCAGGCUUAUCUCUAUGUCCCGUUGAAUGGUGCCCAGCCCAUUCGCUGCAGGUGCAAACACUUUGCUGAUCAGCACAGGGCUGUGCCUGGCUUUGGGUGCAAUGUGUGUACAAAGUGUUCAGGGUUCCAUAGCUGCUUCACUUGUGUGUGUGGUCAGCCUGCAUAUACCCAUGAAACGGUGGUGGAAACCAUGCAAGAAAGAUUGGCUCAGGGAAAACCAGUGGGACAGGAUGUUCCUUACGCAUCCAUGGGAGGAUUAACUGGUUUCAGCUCACUGAUGGAAGGCUACAUGCGCUUGGAUGACAGUGGUAUUGGUCCACCCUCAGCUGAAAUUUUAGACUCUCCGAUUACCGCCAUGGACCACCCCUUUCUAAAAGCAUUUCAAGCACCAUCUUAUUUGUCUCCAGAAACAAUAACAAAUGGUAAAGAAGUGGGAAUGAGAAAUAGUAGUCAGAUUUCUUCUUUAAGGAGACCUGGAGAAGAUGAUAUGGCUUUCUUUGAAAGACGAUACCAGGAAAGGAUAAAAUUGGAAAAGGCCCUUAAGAAGAAAGGAAAGGCUCCAUUGCCAUCAACUAAAAAGCUUUCAUGAAGUCUAUUGGAAAAAUUUAAACCAUCACCCAGACAUAUCUUUUUCAUGUUUAUUUAAAUAGAGUAAUACAAAUUAUUUUCUCUCAAAUUAUUUUGCUUGUCUUACUGUGUGAAAUAUAUCUUGCUGAAUGUUUUCUUCAUUUAUUGAAAUAAUGUUAAACUACCUUAUUUUAUCAAAAUCAUGGUUUACUACUUUACAUGUACUUUUUUGGAUUUUUGGUGCUGGUCCUGAACACAGGAACUGGGUGUUCUUCCUGAGCUGCUUUUUUUUUUUUUUUUUUUUGCAUAAGGCUAACACUCUAUCACUUGAGCCAUAGCUCCGCUUCUGGCUUUUUGGGUGGUUAAUUAGGGAUAAGAGUCUCAUGGA